UGAAGGAUAAAUGUUGUUUCCAUGGCGACCGUCAUCCCAUCAGCGCUAAGCAUAUUUCUUCUCGCCGCCAUCUUCUCCAGGGCAUCGGGUUGCGAAUGUGCCACGGAACCGGCUUUCUGCUCUUUAGGAUUUGGUAUCAGAGGAACGGUUACGAAUAUCCGAGGCAAUGUCACUGCCGGCGAUUUCAUCACAUACACUGUUCGGAUAGCCGAAGUAUACCGCAACUCAACAGACGGCAUCUCCGUCGGCAAUUCAAUCGACAUCAUUACUAUCAGUUCAGCCAAAGCUUGUGGUAUACCCGACUUAAAAGAGAAUGUGACGUAUCUACUUUCUGGAGGUGUCGUGUUCGGUAGCUAUCAUCUGCAUACAUGCAAUUCUGUGGUCGUCGAAUACAGCGACUACGUCGACAACAAGGAUCACCAUGAAGAUGUCGACAUUCCUUGCUCAGCGACAUCGUCGUCGAUGGCCACCAGUGCCGUAGUCGUCGUCUUUGUCGCUCUACUCGACCAUGUUUUAAUCAGUCAGAAUUUCACCGGUCAAGUAAACAUGGCAAAGUCUACCUUCAUUGCUUCUAUGUUCCUCGUUUUUGGUAUCAUCUGUGGUGUCAUCUUGCAGCCGAUAUCAGGAUGCUCCUGCGGACCCGGAUAUAAAGACCCAGCUUUUUGCUCCUUCGAUUUCGGUAUCAACGGAACCGUGGUUGAUAUUAAUGGAAACGUCACUUUGCAAGAAGAUCUGGUAUACAGCGUCAAUGUACAUGACGUAUACCGAAACACAUCGGAGGGAAUAUUUCUCAACGAAAUCCUGGAUAUAAGAACAUCAGCAACCUCCUGCGGCUUCCACUAUUUUGAAAGGGACAAGGUCUACCUGAUUGCGGGAGAAUUUUCUGGAGUCUACACUCUCCAUUCGUGUAAUGCCAUCGUCAUCGGAUACAAUGAUGACGGGGAGCCGGAUAGGGAUGUCGACAUACCGUGCUCGACGACGUCGGUAACCAUCGCCUCAUCGGUCGUCGUCAUAUCAUUCAUAUUCACUUUCCUAUUCGUAUGAACUCAUGAAAGCAUGAAUUUUUAACACGCACAGAUCUACAGAGAGAUCUAAAGCGUUCCUCAAUGUUUGAGCCCUGCGCGGCUC